GUGUGUGUGUGUGUGUGUGUUUAUGCACUUCAGAAAUUCUUGAAGACUGACCAAAUCUGCAUAAUUCUCCCACAGAAUUAAUAGUUGAUCAUAUAGCAUGGGCCAGUUUUUUUUUUUUUUUUUUAAAGAGGUAAGUUUGGCUAAAAUCAAUUACACUGUGAAACCUGCCAAUGUUGGUGUUUGAUCUCUUUGUUGCUUAAUCCCCUGUCUCCACCUCUGGCUGGUGUUAUGACAACUGCUGACAGGUGCCUUCUCUCUGCUCUCAGGCCGUGGCAGUCCUGAAGGUUGAUGGAGGGCCAUGCUAUUCAAACAGCAGGUGUGGCUGAGACAGAAGCUCCUGGUGCUGGGAAGCCUUGCCGUUGGGAGCCUGCUGUAUCUAGUUGCCAGAGUUGGGAGCUUGGAUAGGCUCCAGCCCAUUUGCCCUGUUGAAAGCCGAUUUGGUGGCGCCCACAGUCAGGCUGAGUUCCCACUCCGGGCUCUACAGUUUAAGAGAGGUCUGCUGCAUGAGUUCCGGAAAGGCAACACUUCCAAGGAGCAGGUUCUCCAUGACCUGGUACAGCAGCUCCCCAAAGCCAUUAUCAUGGGGGUGCGGAAAGGGGGCACCAGGGCCCUGCUAGAGAUGCUGAACCUCCAUCCUGCAGUGGUCAAAGCUUCUCAAGAGAUCCACUUCUUCGACAAUGAUGAGAACUAUGCUAAAGGCAGAUGGUACAGGAAAAAGAUGCCUUCCUACCCUCAGCAAAUCACAAUUGAAAAGCCGGCCUAUUUCAUCACGAAAGAGGUUCCAGAAAGGAUUUACAAAAUGAACUCAUCUAUCAAGCUGUUGAUCAUUGUCAGGGAACCGACCACACGAGCGAUUUCUGAUUACACUCAGGUGCUAGAGGGGAAGGAAAGGAAAAACAAAACAUACUAUAAGUUCGAAAAGCUAGCCAUAGACCCUAACACCUGCGAGGUGAACACAAAAUACAAAGCGGUUAGGACCAGCAUCUACACCAAACAUCUAGAGCUGCUCAAGUAUUUUCCGAUUGAACAGUUCCACGGUGACGGAGACCGCCUCAUCACCGAGCCUCUGCCUGAACUACAGCUCGUAGAAGUUCUUAACCUUCCUCCGAGGAUAAGUCAGUACAAUUUAUAUUUCAAUGCUACCAGGUUUUACUGUUUGCGAUUUAACAUUAUCUUUAAUAAGUGCCUGGCGGGCAGCAAGGGGCGCAUCCAUCCAGAGGUAGACCCCUCCGUCAUUACCAUGCGCAAAUUCUUUCAUCCUUUUAAUCAAAAAAUUUUACCAAUCACUGUGAGGACAUUGAACUGGCCCUAA